UGAACUUGGCGGGCGUGAUGUGGGCGGCGGGGCAGCUGGGGGCUGCUUUGCCCCCUCGCGACACCAGGUUCCCGACCUACUGCAGGUCCAGGUCUCGGCCCUCCUCGGGGCCCUCCGUCCUUAUGGCGGGGGCCCGGGAGCAGGGGCUGGGGGCUGGGACAGUGUGCUCGCUGUCGCCGCCGCUGAGCUGCAGUAGUAAUUCCACCAUGUCGCUGUUGUCUCCCCUCGGCCACCAGAGCUUCCCGUUCGACGACAACGAUGGUGACGGGGAGGAGGAGGAAGACGAGGACGAAGAUGCCCAUGGCUCAGAGAGCAAGGUGGAGAGCUUGAAAGGAGUGGAGUUACAGGGGUGUGCCAGUGAAUUUUACUCAGAAGAUAACCAAGAAAAGAAACAGGUGCCCUUAUCAAAAAGCAGCCUGACACCAUGGGAAAUGUGGUUUGUGGGCAAAGAAAAAGAAGAACGUGAUCGUCAGCAGCAGAAAGCUUUAGAGGAAUUAAAUCAAGAACUAGAAAAAAGAAAAGAAAUGGAAAUACGUGAAAAAAGAAAGAUAAUUGCUGAAGAAAAGCACAAGGAAUGGGUUCAGAAAAAGAAUGAACAGCAAAGAAAAGAAAGGGAACAGAAAAUUAAUAAAGAGAUGGAAGAAAAAGCUGCAAAAGAACUGAAGAAAGAACAUUUGCAAGAAAAAGCAAAAGAAAAAUAUCAGGAAUGGCUAAAGAAAAAAAAUGCUGAAGAAUGUGAGAAGAAGAAGAAAGAAAAGGAAAAAGAAAAACAACGGCAAACUGAAUUACAAGAAAAAAAGGAGAUAGCAGAAAGAAAGUUUAAAGAAUGGUUGGAAAAUGCAAAAAAUAAGCCUCGCCCAGCUGCAAAGAGCUAUGGUUAUGCCAAUGGAAAGCUUACAGGUUUUUACAGUGGAAAUUCUUAUCCAGAACCAACCUUUUAUAAUCCAAUUCCAUGGAAACCAAUCCAUAUGCCUCCACCCAAAGAAGCUAAGGAUCAAUCAGGAAAGAAGAUCAGAAAGCCCGUUAUAAGUCAGCCACACAAACCACCAUCUCUGGUAGUUCAUAAAGCCAGCAGUAGUCUUUGCCUUGGAACUCUUGGCAAACUGCAGAGAUAGUAAAUGUGGGAAAUUGCAUUCUGGUAUUUGGUGCUAUUUAAUUUUUUAAGUUAGAGAUUGAUUUUUUUACUCCUUACUAUUUCAACAUUGAUGUAAUUAUUGACAAACACAAAUUUUGCAUGUGUAUACGGAGUCCUUAGAGUUUAUUGGAGACAAUUUUUAUAGAUAUUUUCAUUCUUACAAUUAUUUCAAGGUUGAUCCCACAUAUUGUUUCACAGGAUCAGUGACUAAAUAUCUAACAAGUGGUUUUGCAUUUGGCUUCUGUUAAAAUCCACUGUGCUACCAAUAAAACCAGCAUUUUUUCUUGUGCUCUUUUAUACUCCAUGUUGUUUGUUUGUGUUUAUAUUUAUGAAUAUUAGAUUAAGUCAUUCAAGCCACUAUA